AAAUCCUGCUCAAUCGAGGUUGUUGAGAGAGCUUGGGAUAAGAGUUUCAAAGUAUACCCAUGAGGAGAGGAGGGAUAUAAUCCUUAGGUACAUGAAGAAAAGGAACAAUAGGCAAGUAGUAGAUAGAUCUGUUAAGUUUCCCUCCCGUCAAGCUCUGGCAGAGAGGCGUCGACGAGGUUUUGGAGGAAAAUUUCUUAGCAAGGAAGAAUCACAGACCUUGAACAGACAAGACGAACCAGUAGAAGAAGAAGAGCCAGAAGUGCCAGAAGAAGUUAUAGCAAAUGCUGGAGGAGCACCAGUUGUGGGAAUGCUCUUUGAAAAUGAUGAUAAGGCAUAUCAAUACUAUAUCAAUUAUGCCGGAAAUAAAGGCUUUAGUGUUCGGAAAGGUUGGUGGGAUAAAUCUGCCAGAAAUGUUACCCGAUCGAGGGUAUAUGUAUGUUCAAGAGAGGGGUUUCGCCCAAAAAAUCCUAGUAAUGAGGUGAAGAGAUCUCGGCCUGAGACAAGAACUGGUUGUCCUGCACGUAUGGCUAUAAAAGUCACAUCCAGUGGUAGAUAUCGUGUUACUGAGUUCGUUCCAGAGCAUAACCAUCAGCUUGCAGCUCCAUUGGACAUUCACAUGCUAAAGUCUCAGAAGCCAUCACUGAAAGCUCAAUCUGGACGGACCCAGCAAAAUGGUGGCUUAAUUCCUUCUGGUUAUAAAAAUUAUAUACGUGCAAAAAGAAAGAAAGACAUGAAAGUAGGAGAUGCAAGAGCUAUAUCUGAAUACUUACAGAAGAUGAAGGGUGAGAAUCCAUCUUUCUAUUGUGCUAUUCAAGUUGAUGAAGAUGAUCAAAUGACCAAUGUUUUCUGGGCCGAUGCGAGAUCUAUGGCAGAUUAUUACUACUUUGGGGAUGUAGUGUGCUUUGACACAUCCUAUAAGCCUCAAGACUAUGGAAGACCCCUUGCACAUUUUAUUGGUAUAAAUCAUCACAAGCAGCUUAUUAUUUUAGGUGCGGCACUUUUAUAUGAUGAAACUGUUGAAUCUUUCAAGUGGUUGUUCGAAACUUUCAAGACCGCAAUGAGUGGAAAGCAACCAAAAACCCUCUUGACCGAUCAUUGUCCAGCAAUUAGUGAUGCAAUAGCUGCUGUGUGGCCAGGAACUGUGCAUCGGUUUUGUGUUUGGCAAAUAUACCAAAAUUCAGUUAAGCAUUUGACUAAUGUGUUUGAAAGCUCGGAAACUUUUGCGCAUGAUUUCUGUCGUUGUUUGUAUGAUUUUGAGGAGGAAGAGGAGUUCCUAUCAGCAUGGGAAGAAAUGUUAGAUAAAUACAGCCUUAAGGACAAUGAGUGGUUGGCUAUGCUAUUUGCGGAGAGGGAGAAAUGGUCAUCGGUUUAUGGUCGCCAAGCAUUUUCUGCUGAUAUCCAGAGCACUUUACGUGGUGAGAGCUUAACUACUAUGUUAAAAGAGUACCUGAACUACGAAAUGGAUCUAACACAGUUCUUUAAACAAUAUGAAAAGUCAUUGAGUGAGGGGCGACAUGCUGAGCUGCAAGCUGAUUACCAUGCAAAUCAAGGCAACCCCAGGAUUCCUCCUUUGCGUUUGUUGUGGCAAGCUGCUAGUGCAUACACACCUGCAGUGUUUGAUAUGUUCAGAAGAGAGUUUGAGCUUUUCAUGGAUUGUAUGGUUUACAAUUGCGGUGAGGCUGGAACAUUGUCUCAGUAUGAAGUAACUACUAAACAGAAAAAUAAGUCACACUUUGUUAGAUUUGACUCUUCAGAUGGUACCGUCAUAUGCACUUGCAAAAAGUUUGAGUUUGCUGGGAUCCAGUGUUGUCAUGUACUGAAAGUCCUUGAUUUCAGAAAUAUUAAAGAGCUCCCGCCGCAAUGCAUCUUAAAGAGGUGGAGAAAAGAUGCGAAGGCUGGAAGCUUUAGAGAGAAUCAUGGUUUUUCUCUGGAUGCUGACCCUAGCUCGUCUGUGUCAAAACGUUACAAUGCUCUCUGCCGCGUAUUGUUCAAAAUUGCAGAAAGGGCUGCUGAUAACAUUGACGCAUUUACUCUAAUGGCUAGCCAAUCUGAUCAGCUUCUUGAGCAAGUAGAGCAUAUUUUGCAAACAAAAGUGCUAGAAAAACCUUCUCUCACCAAUGUCAACAAGGGACAAAUUACAAAUGUGGGUGAGGGGCAAGUUGCAAUAGAUGACAGUAACAAUGGGACCCAGCAGACUAGUGGGAGAAGGAAGAAGGAUACACGUCGGAGAAAUCACAACGGAACGGAGAUGAAUAACAAAAGACAAAAAAUGAGAAAAGGACAAUCUGAUGAAGCAGACGCUGCAUCAAGGGAAAGUGAACCACCCAUGGUAUCUGAUGAUGCUCCAUCCCAAACAAGAAAUCCUUCAAAUCAAUUCUUUACACCAAGUAUACUCAUGCAGGGAACUAGUUUUAGUGCUUGUCAUCAAUUUGGACUUAGCGCAGCACAAGGUUUUCAGGCCAUGACUCAAUUUGGUCAGGAUUCUUCAGCAUCGACUUUGCAACAGCCAUUCCAUGUUGGCACUCACUUGGGUCAGAGUACUAUGCAGGGUUUUCCAACCCCUGACAUGCACCCCCUUCAAUUUGUCGGAAGCAAUCCACAGCUAGACCAGCCAAGCAGUGACCAAGGGAGCUGUGCUAUUCCAGUAUGGGAUUUCCUUUGAAGCUGUUUUUGCUUUUCAAAAUUCAGGAGAGGCGCUCAUGUGUACAAGAGAGAAGGAACCCUGAAAUUGUGGUUAGCUUGCUCACUCUUGCUAAGUAUGCGGAGUUGGCGCGUUGUUUGGCUUUCCUCCAUCUCAUGUGUACAUAGCAUGAGCACGACAACAUUGUAAUACUACAUUCUCUGGUGAAGCUUGAAGACAACAGUCAUGCAUCGGCAGCAAAAGAACCGUAUACAAAACUCUACGCUCUACAGUGAACCAAAAAUGGGACGAUUAUAGUCGAAGUACAUUUACAUCUAAGAUGAAUAUAUGCAUACAACUCCUGAAGAGAGUUGAUGGCUUGCUAGUUGCUACCCGUCGUCUUACUUGUGUGCAUUUGUGUAAGCCUGCACCGAUCAUUUGUCAUCGUGUCUUGCUGACUCGCGAGGACAAUGUAUUUUGCUGCUAACGAAAGGCUUCCAGCAUUCAUUAUUCGCAUCCAUUAUUCAAGUUGCAGUAAACAAUCGUGGUUUUCUUGUGCAAAAUUCUGAGUUUAACGGAGUUAUAUGGUGCUUAUACGAACAAGCGGUUUAUCAAAAUUUUAACUUUGUCUUUUAGCUCAUCUGAGUGAUUUUGUCUCUUAAGAAGAAUUUAUGGGUGAUUUGAUUUGUACUUACUCUUGUGACCUUGUCAGGGAGAUAAAUUUUUAUUGGGAUGCUUCGAAUA